GCCCCAGCCCCAGCCCCAUCCGCAGCCGCAGCCGCAGCCCCAAAGAAACGUCCGCUCAGUUCGUGUUUCGUGAUCAACGCUCUCGGUUGGCAUUCGUGUGUGUCUGUGUCCGUGUUCGGGUGGAGCACAACACUCUUCGGCAAUUCGGUCGUUCGGUUCCAGGGACCCACACGGCAUCCCUACGUUUCAGUUCUGAUUGGAGAUUCGUGCGCCGCCGUUGAUAGUCCGAGUACGCGGCGUUUCCCUGCAGCCGCCACCAAGCGUUGAAGCUUUUAUUAUUUUGCAUUUCGUUUUGGCUUCAUGUUCGCGCUUGUCUUCCGUUUUCGCCUCCUAUAUUAUUCGCUUGUGGACUAUGUUUUUGCACAACUGUUUAUGAUUUGAUUCGUCUGAAACUGCAACAGCAACUGCAACAGCAUCAACAAUUACACAUUCAAACGAAUCCAAAACCCACAACAAAACAAACCAACAAAAAGUGCUCUAGUGUUGCAAAACCUACCAAAACCCCAAGCACAGACGACAGCUCACGGAUUACUUCCAAGAAUCUUUCAAGAAACGCACGCCCUGGAUUAUAAGUUCUGUACUUUACAACGAUUGUCAGGAAGCAGGACAAGUUCCAAGGACCUUAAAUGAGACCCGCGCGCCACGCCUAACAAUUGAAUGAAGAUCACUAUAUAGGGUAUCCAGACAGAUCACCCCGUCCGAAAAUCGAAUCAAUCAGCAAAAGGCAACCGCAACCACAACGGCUUCCAAAUGAAGAUGGCAUCCCAACGAUUCUGCCUGCGAUGGAACAAUCAUCAGAGCAACCUGCUGUCGGUCUUCGAUCAGCUACUCCACGCAGAAACCUUCACAGACGUGACGCUGGCAGUGGAAGGACAAUACCUAAAAGCACACAAGAUGGUGCUAUCCGCCUGCAGCCCAUACUUCAACGCUCUGUUUAUCAAUCAUCCGGAAAAGCAUCCGAUUGUCAUACUAAAGGAUGUGCCCUACUCCGAUAUGAAGUCCCUGCUGGACUUUAUGUAUCGCGGCGAGGUGUCCGUGGAUCAGGAGCGUCUUACCGCAUUCCUGCGCGUGGCCGAGAGCCUGCGCAUCAAGGGCCUCACCGAGGUGAACGAUGAUAAGCCCUCGCCGGCAGAGAGCACACCGGCGGCAGCAGCAGCCCCGCCACAGUUACAGCGCAUUCAGCCGUAUCUGGUGCCGCAGCGCAAUCGGUCACAGACCAGCCUUUUGGCCAGCACCGCAAGUGCCGCCAAUAGUGCCACACUGCCGGUGCAGCCGUCACUCCUCAGCUCCGCCCUGAUGCCCAAACGUAAGCGGGGCAGGCCCCGCAAGUUGUCCGGCAGCUCGAAUGGCACCGGCAACGACUACGAAGACUUUGAACGCGACAACCUAAUGAACGACUCGGACAUAGGCAAUGGCAAACUGGUAAACGACUCCUACUCUGGCAACGAUGAUGGCUCCGAUGAUCAACAGGAAUCUGGCAAUAAUGAUGAUUUAAAUGAAAGUCGCGAUUCUCUGCCCUCGAAACGAUCAAAGAAUUCCAAGGAUCAUCGUGUGGUUAAUCAAGCAGAAGACAACAGCACUUCCGUCCCAACCGCACAGUCGCAGGCCACACCGGAACUCUCGCAACGACUCUUUGGCUCCACCUCAACGCUGACGACCACAAUUUCGGCCAAGACAAUUACUAUGGCAGGAUCAGCACUGGGAUCGGGGGCAGGCUCAACUACCAACUCUGUGGCAGAGCCAGCGGUGGCCACACUGCUGGAGAUUGGCGAUAAUCCAGUGCACCUGCCAACCAUUCUGGGACUGAAGAUACGCGCCAUUAACCCCAACACCACAUCCCCACAGAAGCAGACACAGGCACAGACCCAGCCAACAUCGCCCACACAGUCGCAGUCAAAGUCGAAGCCCAAGGGAAAUGGCAGCAACAGCAACUCUCUGCUCAAGCAACAACUGCGUGGCGGGGCCAAAGAUCCCGAGGUGCCCAGUGCCAGUCGGCUGCCAGCGGUCGCAGCUGCAACCACCAACGAGGAGACUGACAUCGAGAGCCAGCAGAGCCAGGAGGAGGCACACAGUGGACUGCAGUCGCUGGCCAAUGCGGCGGAGCAGCAGGCAGCACAAGUGGCCAACAACAGCGAUAGUCUGCACCACCAGCUACUGCUGCACAUGGCCGCCAAUCAGCAGAAGGCGGCGGACUAUUACCAGCAGCAACAGCAGCAACAACAGCAGCAGCAGCAGCAGCAGGAAUCGCCCUUGAGCGCCGAUCAGUAUCCGGAUGAUGACAUGGAGCUACUCUGCCUGGCCGAGCAGCAGGAUAAGGCUGAUGAUGAGCAGGAUCAUGACUUACUUACACUGGCCGACGAGAAUGCGGGGCUGCCUGGCUAUCGAGUCGUCGAGUCUGAGCGCAAAACGCAAUCAACAUCUGGCGGUGUCCGGGCAAGCAAUCCAUCGCGCCUAUCGGGCUCCAAGAAGCCAGUCAAGCGUCCCAUACAGCGGAGAAGGGUGCGACGCAAGGCACAGUCGACGAUCGACGAUCAGGCGGAGCAUCUGACGGAGAUGUCGGUUCGGGGAUUGGAUCUGUUUCGGUACGCCAGCGUGGUGGAGGGCGUCUAUCGGUGCACAGAGUGUGCCAAGGAGAACAUGCAAAAGACAUUCAAGAACAAGUACAGCUUCCAGCGUCACGCGUUCCUCUACCACGAGGGCAAGCACCGCAAGGUGUUCCCCUGCCCGGUGUGCUGCAAGGAGUUCUCGCGGCCGGACAAGAUGAAGAACCACCUGAAGAUGACGCACGAGAACUUUACGCCACCCAAGGACAUGGGCGCCUUCAGUCCGCUCAAGUAUUUGAUCACCGCAGCGGCAGCUGGCGACAUGCAGGCCUCCAUGUACCAGCAGCAGCAGCAGCAGCAGCAACAGCAGCAGGAGCAGUACCAGUUACAGCUCGAACAGCAAAUGGAGCAACAGCAGAUGGAGCAGCAACAGCAGCAGGACAACUGCAUGCUGCUGCCAGAGGACGUGAAGCAGGAGGACCCGGACCAGGACCCGGAGCUGAGUGAUGGCUAUGAGGGCUCCAAUCCCGAGGCAGCCGCUGCGGCCAUGAUGAGCCUGCAUCACGAUGUCAUCAUUAAGAAUGAGAUACAGAUCUCACCGUCGCCGUCGCCAUCGCCAUCACCCUCGCCGCCCGUCACAUGUUCGGUGGCUGAGGGCAAGAGCCUGGCACUGGCCACCAACGCACAAACCACCGCAACGUAAAGACUUUUGGAAGGGGAUCCCCCACUUAAUGCUAACUCUAACGCACACACAUACUGAACGCACCUUAUAGCGAGCUCUCUCAACUGUAGAAUACUUGAUAGGAAUAAGGAAAAACACUCAACAGGAUUGUUAGUUAAAUUGAAGCAAUACUAAGCUACUACGACUACAACGUGCUCCGUCCAGAUAGCCUUAACAAAUAAGUUUUAACUAAAACGAAAACACUCUUAAGCUAAUGUAUCCUUAGACUGUAAGACUGUAAUCCUUAGGCCUAAGCUGCUGGCAAACCCACCUGCCAUUUGCACACACAGUUCAGUGAACUCUAAUGACUUUCGGCUUUAAUUAUUAAACAAUUAUUUACAGAGUUGAAAGCGAACCCCAGGACGGUUGGGGUAAGGCAAUUUUAGAACUUUUUAACUUCUUUUUUUUGUGAUUUUGUUGAAACUUUCUUAUUAUUUGUGAACUAUUUAGCAUUCUUAUUGUUUUUUGUUGUACAUAUACAUUAGGUAUAGGCAUAGGAGAUUUGUUUAAUACUCAAAGUCUGUAGUAUAAUUUUUUGUUCAUUACCUUGGCGACAAGAUGAAAUGAUAUCAAAUGUAUUGGCUAUUUGUGCAAUUAUCAAAAUGAUUUGGUACAGGGGCCACCCCCAACGCGGAAGGCAGGCCCCACCAAAAUGUUGUAAACUUAAUUAUCGACUACUUAAUUAUGAUAUAAAUAUGUACUACUUAGACUUUAAGGCAUGUUCCAAUGUACAACAAAAUGCGCAAAGGACUUCCCAGUGAAGAGGUAGAAAUCUGAACUGAACUGAUAUUUAUACGAAACGAAACGAAACGAGACGAGACGAGACGUGGGAUCCUCUUGUAUUAUCACAUCAACAAUUUACUUAAAAGGCAACCAUUACGACUUAAACUUACAAUGCGCUCAAUCCGAUACGAUAUUAUAUUCAAGAUAUUACAGAUCAGAAGCGAGCGAACUCUAGGCUAACGAUUCGAUUCAUGGCAAGACACUUGAACGAGUUCUUU